AUGGCUGAAGACGACAGCCUGUCCGCCCUCGAGGGCCUGCACCGCGACCUCUGCGCCCUCAUUGACCAGCGGCUGCCCGCCCUCGACCGCCUGCUGCAGAACCUGGAGGCCCACCUGGACGACUUCAAGGCGCUGGUGGACAAGAAGCCCAAGAGCAACGAGAGCAGAAAUGCCCUGAGCGCGGGCAAGAUCAAGAUUGGCGACGACGAGUACGAGGUCAACGAUGAGUUCAAGCAGCAGACGCUCGAGAUGGCCGAGGCGCUGGAUCUCGACGAGCUGGAGGCUGCCGCCUUCUUCAUGGGCGCGCAGAAAGAGGCGCAGGAGCUCGACCGCUCGCAGCUCCAGACGGCCGUCAUCCGCUUCCACCGCCGCCGCGAAUACGUCCUGCUCUGUCUGCGCAUUCUGAUGCAGGCCGCCAUGGACAAUGACGAGACGGAGCUGCCUGGGCUGCCAUCGCUGCAAAUGGCAGUCCAGAUCAUCCUCGACAUCGUGGGGACCAACAACUUUGCGUCGGCGUACAGAUUCUGGGGGCAAUGCCUGGACAGCAUGGGUGCGAUCGAAAAGUGGCUGCAAAACAUCGCAGAGCGGCUGCAGAGCGCACAGGUGGUUGGCCAGGCACCACUCCCCGGCUUCGUCGAGAUCAUGACCUUUCAGCGCCAGAGUCUCACCCGGCAGCACGAGAAUCUGGCCGCGAUUUGCACCCACAUGGUCAAGCCGGGAUUCGCCAGCAUGGAUAACCUCCGGGCUCUUCUGGCCAAAACCAGGACCAUCGAUAAGCACGACCUCAUCACCAUCCACUACGUUCCGAUGCUCAUCCGGCUGCUAUCGUUCAUCGCUUCAGAAACGAACACGCUCACCAAAGAUGCGAGGGCGCUAAACGAUUCGCUCCUGGCAGGACGCGAAAGUGACAACUGGGCCCUGCGGAACCUGCAUGCCGCUACGUUGACAUGGUGGCUGGCCGAAUACAGCGGCAGGUACAUGGACCCCAACUUCCAGGACGCCGACCUCCAGAACAUCGACUUUGACAAAGAGGCAAAUGCGCGGUCGGAGGCCUUUCUCAAAGCUUUGAACGAUGGAGCGUUCCAUUUCAUGCUCUCCUUUAGCCAGGAUGUCCGCCCUACGCGCUGGUAUGACCCACAGAAGACUAGCAUGAUAUCUUCCUUGCUACAAGACACCGCUGUCUUGACCCCCGAGUCUGCGCAGCCAGAGGAGUUUUUCAAAGUGCUCAUCAUGGAGCAAGUGCAGACAUUCGUUGAUUCCUUCAUUACGAACAUGCCGGACACGCUGCGGAGGCUGAAAGUGGAAGAGGACGACCAGCGUAGACGACUGCAGUUGCACUUCCAGCGUUCUUCGGGCGAGUAUCCCCUGCACCUGGAGAGGUUUCUCGUCAUCGUUGCGUAUGCUUUCGAUGGGUUUCCGAACGCAGCCGAGGAUUUCUGGUCAGAUAAGGAGAGCAACCUCUAUGGCUUCUUGCAGUGGGCCGCGAAGCGCCAGCCUACUCCGCGCAUAGCCAUGUUCUGUGAGAUGCUACGUGCGAUUUCGACCGGAAAUUCGAAUGCAGAUUCGGCGCACCGAUUCUUGUUAGAAGAAGGCGCAUCUUCAUCGGGCAAGAUCCGGCGGACCAGCUCUCUUAGCUACACCCAUAUUUUCAACGAACUGAUCGAAUUUCAGACCAACAUCCACGAGCCGAAGAAGGCCAUCCAGGGCGGCAUCUACCCACCUACCCAGAAUCCCGUGGAUCAGAUCGUUGAGCCUGAAAGCGCAACGAUGCUUGAAAGCUACCUCCGUUUGCUUGCACAUCUCUGCAGAGAAAGCUUGACUGCUCGGAACUGGCUAUUGGACUCUCAGGACUACAACUUGGCGGGUAUCUGUUUCGGUCUAUGCACAGACAAGGUGGAAAGCGGCCUACGAGCGGCCGCGUUUGAUGCUGUCUCGGCACUACUGGUCGGCAAAGACACCUUGCGGGCAAGCGCCGUCUGGAACAAUCUAGACGAUUGGACUGUCUCCGGCUUCUACGUGACCUCAAAGCAGAACAGCGUGCUGAGCCCAUUUCCGCGCGACGAGUUUUGGAUGACAUUGGCUGACGGCUUUGAUGAAUCGAUCGCCUUCAUCCGCCUGCUUCAAUCUCUCGUUGAACCAUACCCGGAAAAUGAGGGCCUCAACGACUGCAUUCCCUUCCCGGAAAGCCUUGGCUCGGCUCGAAGAAUGCCUGGGAUCGAGAAAUACGUCGACUUUGUUAUGCAACAAGUCUUCGCUGAGCGCAGCAUAGAGGUGCAAGAGCCACUGCAGCGCAAUGUAAUGAGGUGGACUUGCUUGCGGUUCAUGGCUACGUGCCUGCAGACAUUCAACGAGAACCUCGUCGUGUUUGCGAACAAGUCAAGCAUUCCAGUCGAUGCGGUCAUCGACCCCUCUUCUCUCGCCGUCUAUGUUACCCUCCACCCUUUUACGCGAGUCAUGGAAUGGUUGUUCAAUGACAAGGUCCUCAGGGCUUUUUUCGCAUCCUCUCAUCACGAUGUCAACGAAGUCGAUGCAGCCCCCACAGACUCACCAUUGGUACAGUCGCUAAUGCUAAGUAUCGAGGUCAUGGACCUGGUAAUGAGACUGCAGGCUACUUAUCUCGACAUUGUCCGACCUGUCCUCAAACAGCAGCCUGCGACUCAACAUACUCCCGUCUCAAACCUCUCUCUCGCCUCUUUUGAGGACGCCAUUCUGAACAACCUUCAGAUAAUUGUUGACCUCGGUCUAUAUUGCGGCACUGGUCACGAAGCGCUCACUAUUGCGUCACUGCAGUUGCUUGAGAAAAUGGCAUCAUCCCGAAAGCUCGCUGUAUCGCCCGCCGGCUUUGGCCAGCGGUCCGGCCGUAGCAAGAUUGUGGGCAUACUGGAGAAGGAUAACGAGUGCGAGCGGAUUGGACGCUCACUCUCAAGUCUGAUGAAGUUCAGCAACGAAGAGCUUGAAGCCGAACAAGAGGCGUCGGGCUAUGUCAUCAAGAUCAAGAUCUUGGACUUCCUCAACAGCUGUCUGGCCGCGGUGUCCCAGAGACCCACCAUUGCGCACAUCCUUCUUGGUUUCUCAUGCGGCAGCACCACAGUUCGCAUUGCAGAUGACAGUUUAUGGGCAAACGGAAGCUCUCUAUUCCAUGCCAUCCUCGUGCUGGCCGUGAAAUAUCCUGACAACGAUGGAGUGGCAUUUAGCUCAUGGACUUCGGCCGUCAAGACUGGGUGCUGGAGCGUCUUGCAGAGACUGUGGAGAUCUCCCCUCACCAGCGGACUUGUCAUGGAAGAGCUGCAAAUUAACGAACUACUCUUCAUAGAGGCGCCGUCCCUGAUUCCUAUCAAUUCCGACACUCUGUGGGAUGGAGUGUCACUUGCCCAAGGCCUUGAAGAGCUCGAAAGCAGAGAAGUAUCUAAGUUCUUCUCCGAAGGUCCCGCGCUGGCCUUACAAAAUUUCCUGCAACGGCGUGCCGCAUUCUUGGACUACGAAUCCAGAGAGUUGCGCCUGACCCUGAAAGAUGGGAUGCCCACUAUGAGAUCAAGAAUACAGUCUGUACUCCUCGGUACUACUGUUCGGCCUGGCGAAGACCCGGUCCCGAACGCCACCAUAUUCGACCUGUUCGAUUUUAUUGAGCUCAAUUACCCUGAACGAAGCGUACCAGACCAGCACAAAUUCUUUGAAGGAGUUAACCUGGCCACGUGCCAAGAGGAAAAGGACGGCGUGGUCGUUUACUCGCUUCCGUUGCUGGAACAGGUCAUGCUAUUGAAAAUGAAGUAUUGGAGGAAGGAUAAAGCGUUUAAAGACGAGCAAGAGGAGCUCCAGGCAUUGCAAGAGGCCGAUCUACUAAUAGCCAUCUUUACAGAUUGGAACCGACGCGCUCAGCUAAUCCGCUAUCACAAGGAUAUCUUACAGUCCUGGGUCCAGUUACUGAUGGUAACGCUUCACGCAUGCGAUUUCGACGUCGGCUCGCGGACUUCCUUUGUCCUCCAGACCCUUCAGGUCAUCCUACCUAAGCUUGAGCUUUCGUAUAACGCCGACUUAUAUACCGCCCUGCAGCUCGCCAGCCUCGCAGAGGCGCUCAUUCGGAAAAUCGACUUUGAGUCUACGGCCUUCGAAAAGACAAGAAACGGAGACUUCGCGAACGAUCGACUCUCUCAGCUUUUCCGCGCUGCGCUCGUCGGAAUCUACAGCGCGAUUUCCACCACGGAGCUUAGGGAGUACUGUUACCAGAUCUGCUUCCGCUACGUCCAGGGUACCUUCGAGAAAGCAACCAAAGGCUCUCUCCUUGGACGCCACACUCUCAACACAGUGAAGAACUGCGGCAGCCAUCUUCUCGAGGUAAUAUGCGACGACGCCUAUGGCGGGCAAGGGACUUGCAAAGUAUCCGCGCUUUUGCUCCUCAGCGCCCUGGUCACCGUCGCCGCGCGGCAGGAGUCCAAAUACAUCCUAGAGUCCUUCGUCUCGCUAAACUUCGUCGGCGUCCUCGUCGACAACAUCAAACACAUCCCCUCGGAACUCAAAGCUGCCGCGGCGCCCCAAAUACCCCUCCUCCUCUCCUACUACGACGCCUCACUCGCGCUCAUGCUCCGCGUUUGCCAGACCCGGCUCGGCGCCGCCUACGUCCUCAACGCAGGCCUCUUCCCCGCCGUCCGCGAAUCCCGCAUCUUCGACAUCGACCCAGACAUCGGCCUCGAAUUCGACAACCCCAACGCGCUUAAGAAGUACUACGAGCUCAUGCUCGCUGUGCUGCGCGUUAUCAACGCGGCGGUGAUUGCGAGGGGGAGACAGAAUGAUCAGACAGUGUUCCAGGGGAGGGAGUUUUUGAAGGAGAGUAGGCAGAGCAUGGUGGCGAUUUUCAAGAGGAGUGUUAAUGUGGGCGCGGGGCUGGGUGGGGAUGCAAGGAUGGCGCAAGAUUUGAGUGAGUUAGUGGAUUGUUUUACUGUGUUGGUGGAGAUUACAGGCUUUUUGGAGUAUGAAGAUUCUUCGACCUUGAAGACGAAGCGCGCGAAUAUGUUCUCGUAG